UCCGUGGCGCACGAGAUUUACCGUAACGCCAGCCCACAACCCACUGCAUGCCACCUCCUUAUUACCUGUCGUGUUUGCUGAUGUUAUAACCGCUUCAGGGGAUUUUGGAUUUGGAGCUGUAACGAUCCUAAACAGGCCAGAUAAAAGUUUUCAAUAAGACGAUGCGGGACGACGACAUCUCUCCAAUUGACAGCGCGGGCAACAGCGAGGAGGAGACCGACCGUCAGCUUCCGCGGAGGGGCGCGAGAAAGAGACGGACGGCACGAAGUACUACGGACGAAGAAGAAGAGGGAGACGUGGAGAGCCCCAGCCCCGAAAAGAAGAAGUGCCGAAAGAGCUGCGACGCAGGAGGCGGCAGCGCAGGGAGCGGCGGCAGCGAGGCCAGCAGCAGCCCAGCGCGCUCCUUGGAUGACCUACACUCUCAGCGCGUGAUGGCAAACAUCCGCGAGCGGCAACGGACGCAGUCCCUCAACGAGGCAUUCACGUCGUUACGCAAGAUCAUCCCCACCCUCCCGUCGGAUAAACUCAGUAAGAUCCAGACGUUGAAACUGGCGGCCCGGUACAUCGACUUCCUGUGCCAAGUUCUACAGAGCGACGAGCUGGACGCGCGGGGGACCAGCUGCAGCUACGUGGCGCACGAGCGCCUGAGCUACGCGUUCUCGGUCUGGAGGAUGGGGGGCGCGUGGUCCCUGUCUACUACGUCUCACUAGCGGGGCCUGUGUUGCUGCUGAUGGGUCAGCACGACUGUCCAGACUGAAGAACCGGUGGAUCAGGGCAACUCCUCAGAUAGACUGAGACAGGCCAAACAGAGCUGAGGCAUGGCGGCUCAUUUUCAGGCCUUGGAGGAAAGCAGCCUUUUCAUACUUUCCUAUGCACGGACUGUACUGUUUGCGAGGGAGCACUUAAAACAGACAGGACGGAUAUGAAGAAAGAAAGACCACUGCGACAAUGAAUGUUGUAAAAACAAAACAAGCUCUGACAAACUGCUCUGUUUUGAAACACGAGAGAAAGAUGACAAUUCAUUCCACAUUCCCUGUGACAGUGUUUCACAGAAAAUGAAGAAUUUUGUAUUUAUUUUUCUACACAGGUUUGAAAUUCCUCUCCCCCUCUCAAAUAAAGGUUAUUUAUUUUUGGGAUAUCACAGAACGCUGAACGGAGUCUGAGCAUUUGAAGUGUUGUAAAUAUUUGGUAAUAUGUUGAAUAAAAAAAGAAAAUGAAGCUA